GGGCCAGGUGGGUGGUAUGGAGGGCGGAAGUGCAGCCCUGGAGGGGCAGGAGACAGAGAAAAGUUGCCUGCAGCCAGGCCCGCCCCUACCUGUGUAAGCUGAUCCACUGGAGCCUAGUGGAUAAAAGGGGCGGACUCGCUGAGGCCAGUGAGCUUGGCUGACCCCCCUCCUCCCUGCCUUCAGUCUCACCCAGCCACCAUGUCCAUCCACCUGAGCAGCCAGGUCUUCAGCUCCCGCUCAGCCGCCUUCCCGGGGCGAGGUGCCCAGGUGGGCCUGAGCUCCAGGCGCCCUGGCAGCUUUAGCAGCAACAGCUUCUAUGGCCUGGGCUCUUCACGGCCUCGUGGGGCGGUGCACUCUGCCUUUGGGGGCCCUGUGAACCCCUGCAUCCGUAGUGUCACGGUCAAUCAGAGCCUGCUGGCCCCACUGCAGGUGGAUAUCGACCCCACCAUCCAGCAGGUGCGCCAGGAGGAGCAUGAGCAGAUCAAGAUCCUCAAUGACAAGUUCGCCUCCUUCAUCGACAAGGUGCGGUUCCUGGAGCAGCAGAACAAGUUGCUGGAGACCAAGUGGUCACUGCUUCAGGAGCAGAAAGCCACCAAGAGUAGCCACCUCCCGGGCAUCUUCGAGGCCCAUAUAGCUGCCCUGCGCAGGCAGCUGGAAGCCCUGCAGAUGGAUGGGGGCCACCUGGAGGUGGAACUGCGGAACAUGCAGGAGGUGGUGGAAGACUUCAAGAACAAGUAUGAAGAUGAAGUCAACCGACGCACGGCUGCAGAGAAUGAGUUUGUGGUGCUGAAGAAGGAUGUGGAUGCUGCCUACAUCAGCAAGGUGGAGUUGGAGGCUAAGGUGGAUGCCCUCAAUGAUGAGAUCAACUUCUUGAAGACUCUCCAUGAGACUGAGUUGUCAGAGCUGCAGUCUCAGAUCUCAGACACGUCCGUGGUCCUGUCCAUGGACAACAGCCGCUCUCUGGACCUGGACGGCAUCAUUGCUGAUGUCAAGGCCCAGUAUGAGGACAUUGCCAAUUGCAGCCGGGCUGAGGCUGAGAGCUGGUACCAGACUAAGUUUGAGACCCUCCAGGCCCAGGCUGGACAGCAUGCAGAUGACCUCCGGAAUACCCGGAAUGAGAUUGCAGAGAUGACACGGGCCAUCCAGAAGCUGCAGGCUGACAUUGAUGGCAUCAAGAACCAGCGGGCCAAGCUGGAGGCCACCAUCGCUGAGGUCGAGCAGCACGGGGAGCUGGCCCUCAAAGAUGCACGGGCCAAGCAGGAGGAGCUGGAGGAUGCCCUGCAGCGGGCCAAGCAGGACAUGGCGCGGCAGCUGCGCGAGUACCAGGAGCUAAUGAACGUGAAGCUGGGCCUGGACAUCGAGAUCGCCACCUACAGGAAGCUGCUGGAGGGCGAAGAGAGCAGGCUGGUCGGAGAUGGAGUGGGAGCUGUGAACAUCUCUGUGGUGAAUUCCACUGGAGGUGGUGGUGGCAGGCUGACCUUCAGAGGAACCAUGGGAAGCAAUGCCCUGACUUUCUCAAGUGCUGGGAGACCUGCGAGCUUCAAGUCUUCUUCCAUCAGGACCACAUAUUCCACCCGUAGGAGAGUUCGCAACUGAGUCUGGGCAUGGAGAGACCCUCCUACUACAGUCAUGGGUGGACCCUAUUCCUUGCUCUCAUCUCUGGUCCACAGAUUGCAGGGGAGCAAUGUUAAGGCUUCUCCUAAUAAAGCAAACUCGCCAAGAGGCCUGGGUGAGCCUUGUG